UGUUCGUCUUUACUUUUUCUCUCACACGCAAAAAAUGGCUGUGGGUGUUUUUAACCGGUUAUAAACGAGAAUACACACGUCUUAACGCGGCAAACUCCUUUAUAAGGCGUGAAAUAGCAAGCUAGUUAACCGUUAGGCUACAAUGGGGAAAGCUAAUCCCCCCCAACACCCCCCUUAGUUUGUCAGUUGCUACGGUUACCAUAUACGGCUACAUUCACGUCAAGGUAACGCAGUUAACAGGUAUCCUGGUUAACAAACGAGUUAAAGUUUAAAAGGAGUUGAAAAAGGAUACAACAAUGCCCAUGAGUAACACUAAAGAAGACCGUUUACUGGACAACCUGCUUGAAGAUGAAGCUGAAAGAGAGAGUCUUCUUGCCAAACCCACCUGCUUCAUCAUAGUUGGAAGACCGGGUGUUGGUAAAUCCACCUUGGCCAAAAAAAUUGCAGAGUCCUGGAAGUGCAUCUUAAUUGAUGAUACAGAUCUGCUCAGCACACACAUUAGAAAUAAAACAAAGCAAGGCAUAGAGCUCUUGAAUAUCUUAUCGGAGGGGAAAAGUGUACCAGAAGACAUGGUGCUCCAGCUGAUUCUUGCCAGGCUUAACUCACCAGAUGUUGAACACUAUGGUUAUGUGCUGAGCUGCCUACCAUUCAUGUCAGAAGAGAGUCUGAAGAUUAAUGAGCAGCUUGAGCUCAUCAAGAACCUCAAACAAACACCUGAUUUCAUCAUCAACAUAAAGUGUGCAGACAAGGACCUGGUCCACAGGCUGUCAGGUCUGAAGCAGCACCCAAAGACAGGGCACCUAUACAACAGCGAUCAGUGGAAGCGUGAGGAGGUGUUCAACAAAAAGACAGAGAGCAAGGAUGAGGAAGUGGAGGAUGAGGAGGAACAGACUGGGGGAGAGGAACUCCAAAAGGAUAUUAUUGACCAGAUGGUGUGGACGCCAGAGAAUUUGGCCAGAAAUGCUUUUCACAGAAUCAAUAUGUACAAAGAUACCAUGCUCAGACCGCUGGAGGACUACAUGACAGGUCACAACCCUCUCUACCUGUUGGAACUGGAUGGAAAUGACACACCUGAAGAGCUGCACUCGUCUGUACUGUCCCGCCUUGGAUCCAUGGCAAUAAAGCGCCCCUCCGUUCCAGUCCUCCUGCACCAGACUGAUGAUGAAGAAAUGCCAGAGGACAUUGACACGGAAGACCUAGUGAGAAUUAUGUCCUCCACCAGGACAGUGGCCCCUGGCUUUGGAUGGAGAAGGAGUCGGUGGGGCCGAACUUGUCCCGUUGCUCUGAGGGACGGCAAGGUCAAUCCUGGCAAGCCUCAAUUUUGUGUGGGCUUCCAGGACAAACUGUACAUCCUGUCAUCUCAGGAGGCCUACCAGAAGUUUAUCACAAACCCCCGAUGGUACUUACUUCCUCCAAUGCCCAGGCCCCCGUGCAGAGUUUCCAUUAUUGGACCUCCACAGACAGGGAAGAGCACUCUAUGCAGGCUUCUAGCUCAGCACUACAAUGCUGAGGUGCUUGAUAUGGAGGUUUUGGUGAAGCCGGUUCUGGCCAAAUCUGAGCAGGAAAGGCUUGCCAAAAUUAAAAAGGAGACGACACAGGUCACUAUAAAGAAAAUUAAGAUGAAGAUGGAGCAGGAUUCGGUGACAGAAGAUCACCCAGAGGUACAAGGCAUGGUGCUCACUGCACUGGAAAAAGCAAAACAUAUGAGCAACCCCAUCAGCCUGUAUGCUGAUGCACUGGAGAAGCGUAUAAAAGAGAUUGAAGCGACUUACACUGGUGCAGAUAUCCGGACCGGCUGGGUGCUUGACAACUUUCCCAAGAACCUUUCCCACAUGGAUGCCUUGCAGAAAGCUGGAAUCCUGCCAGACAUCGUCUUCUGUCUGAGAGACAGUGAUGGCAGUCAGGUUUUGAAGAGAUUAUAUGAGACGAACAAGGAGAGCGUGGACAAAGCCGUAAGGAAGAGGUUGCAGGAUGAACAAUAUGAGAAGGAGAAACAGGCCUUAAACCGGAAAGAAAAAGAAUCAGAGGUAGAGGCCAAGCCUGCGGAGCUGCAAACAAAUCUAGAGACAGUUGCUGAGGAGACUGAAGAUAUGGCACUACCUGAUCAGUGGGAGUUGGGUUAUCCAAAUGGCCCGGAGAUGAAUGACUAUAAAGUACAACUGCAACAGUUUGCGUCCGAAUGGGGCAAAAUGCAGUCUGCGCUAACUGUCACCCACACAGUACUGGAGAUUGGGGACAAAAACCCUAGGGACCUGCUCCAAGUGAUGGUCCAUGAGAUGGAGAAGCCCUUCGAGUAUGUGUCCUGGGAACUGUCAUCAAUGGACCUGGAAAAGGAGACAGAGGAUUUUGAGGCCUUAGCUGAGCUGGAAAAAGCUGAGGAAGGCAGCAGUGACAAUGACGCAGCCGAGGAGGAGGAGGAAGAGGACAUAACAGCCAAGAGAUUGUUAGGUGAUACCCAGCAUUUCUGCCCUGUGGCCUUGAAAAACAACAACGUUCUGUGGCCCUGUACGGACGAAAUUGCAGCCAAGUACCGUGAGAAGACCUUUUAUUUCUCCAGCCUUGAAGCCCGGGACUCCUUUGUUCAAAGCCCUGCACAAUUUGUUGCACAGACUGAGCUUCUCAAGCCUCCUGCCCUGCGAAUCCUUUUGCUCGGCACGCGGGGGUCAGGUAAGACUACUCAUGGAGAGUGGCUCGCCCAGCAGCUUGGCAUCUUCCAUAUUCAGUUCAAGGAGCAACUCCAAAUGCUGAUCAUGGCCAAGACAAAGAAGCGGGUACUGUGUGCUGAUGAGGUAGAGUCUUCAGAGGAGUCUCCUGAGGACUUGGAGGCCUUGAUAGAGGAAGCCAGGGGGGAGAACGAGAAGGAGACGGACGAUACCUCUGCCAACAUGAAUGACAUGGAGGAAGUGGUCCUGACUGAUGAGGAAAAGGCCAUCAAAGCCUACCUGUCCGAUGGAGAUCCACUGAGCCCACAGAUACUGGAUAUGCUCAUCGCACCAUACUGGAAACAGGAACCAUACAUGUCUACAGGUUUUAUUUUGGAGGGCUUCCCUCACAAUCCAGAUGACGUGCAGUACCUGUUGCAGCGACAGCUUUUCCCUGACAUUGUGGUAAUCAUGGCGGUGGAUGUCACAGAUGUUCAGAAGCGUCUGUUGCCGGCAUACCUGGAAAGUUGGCGUGAACGUCACAACCGUCGUGAAGCGCAGCUGAACCUCCUUCAUGAUCUACGUAAGAAGAGGCGGGAGGAGAACAUUGCCAGGAGAAGGACUGAACUCACACAGGAGGCCAAAGCAAAGCUUAGGCAUCAUGAGGAUGAAGAGGGCGAUGAAGACGAUGAAGCUGCAGGAAACAUAGAGGAUGAGAUAGAGGCCAUGCUGGAGGAAGAGUUUCCUUCAGAAGAGGAUAAUGAAGACAUGGAGGACAUGGAGACUGAGGAGGCAGCAUCUGAGCGACUGGAAAUGGAGAUAGCAGAGCGAUAUGAGACAGAUAAAAACAGCCUCGUUACUGUAACGGAGCUCCUGAGUGAACAAAACAUAUGUAAAGUGUUAAUCAGUGCAUCUCGCAAGCUCCGUAUUGUGCAGAAUCAACUGCUCCAGAAAAUCAAGCCCCUGCUGACCAACAGGGAGUCACUCUUCCAAAGAUGUCAACCCAUCUCAUACAGGCUGGCACAUAAACUGCUGCUUUCCUCUUAUAAGCUCCACAGUGCCUUCGGUUGCUGGGACCCCAUAAAGCAAUACAAAGAGGCAGACUUGAUCCAGCCUCUGCAGUGGCCUCUCAACACCACAUAUCCCCUGAUCUUCCAUCAGUACAUCUAUUUCUUUGCAUCUAAGGAGAACCGCAACACAUUUAUGCUGAACCCCUUGAGGUACCUGAGGCAGCCAAGUCCCACCCCGUCCCUUCCAGUCAAAAUGGCUAUUGUUGGACCACCCAAAUCUGGAAAAACCACUGUGGCACAGAUGUUUGCUCAGAAAUAUGGCUUGGCCUGUCUGUCUAUCGGUGGUGUUAUGCGUAUGGUGCUUAACAAUCGUGAGCACACUGAUCUGGCUGUCCAGAUGAGAAAGCAUCUCUCCCAAGGACUCGUUGUACCCGAUGAACUGGCUAUUCAGUGUUUGGAGGUAGCACUCAUGAGCUCAGUUUGCAGCACUCUAGGGUACGUGUUGGAUGGCUUUCCAAAGACACUUCAGCAGGCAAAGCUGAUGGGGUCUCGGGGCAUCAUCCCCAUGAUAGUAGUUGAGCUGGAGCUGGACACAGUUGAGGUGCUGAGGAGAGGUCUUGUGGACAAGAUGAAGCCCGACAAACCUCACCUGAUGCACGACAGCUCCGAGAUCUUCCACAUCCGUAACUCCUGUUACAAGAAGGAAACAGAGCCUAUGAGGCAACACUUCCAACAACAAUAUCAGAACUGGAUCCUGCUCAGUGGCUUAAAGAGCAAAUGGUGGAUCUGGAGCAGCAUUUUAAAUGAAAUCAGCAUCAGCAUGAAAUACAUCCACAGCUACCUGGAGAGGACACAGAGCAAGCAAGCAGCCUGCAUCCACAAACUGUGCAUCACACCUAAGGAGCUGCAGUGUCGGCUUGGAGAGUUUGAUCAGUACUGCCCCGUCUGCCUGGCUCUACAUCAGCACCUGGUGGACUGCUCAGAAACUGCAGCCUUAACUCAUGCAGCUGAGUACUCGGGGUGUUAUUACAAGAUGUGUGGCAAAGACCAUUUAGAGCGGUUCCUGACCACUCCAGAUCAGUUUGUACCUCCCAGCUGCCCACACACUGUCCCACAACCCCACCUGCUGCCAAGAAAGCUAACUGAGACUCAGGUGAAGAACAGGUUCCCACAGCAAGUUGAGAUGAAGGGCUUCUGCCCUGUUACAUAUCUGGAUGGAAAGCAAAGGUACGAAGCGCUGGUUCGAGGAAAGAUGGAAUAUGCUGUUGAAUACAGAGAACAGAUCUACAUUUUUGAGACAAAGCAGAAACAGGACAAGUUUUUGAGGAUUCCUGAAACCUACUGGGACCAAAAGCUUCCUAGCAAAGUUCCUCCUCUUUGUGAACCAGUACCUCUGACCUCUCUUCCAACGCUGGGCUACCUGGAACAGGGGGUGGCUGUGUCAGUCAUCAAGGCCAUGACAGCUGUUGGGUGUCUCAAACCAAAGUAUCCCUUCCUCAGUAUACAGAGAUCGUCACUCCUCUAUGUCGCCUUCUAUCUGAAAGCUUUCAACCACAAGAGCACAGACUACAGCCGCCAGAAGUACAAAAAGAAGCUGGCCUUGUUUGAAGAGAACUGUGCGCUCAUUCCCUACCUGAGCUCAACGAUGAGAGGGAACUACAGGCCUCCCUGUGAACGUCCCAUUGACUUUGAGUUCAAGCUGAACAGGUUCCUGGCCUUGGGAGACUUGCCAGGUGCAAACAGUGUGCUGUAGCUGUGACUGCUUUGAAAGGUUGUCCACUGUCUGUGAUUUCAUAAUGUGUAAAGAACCAUGUGACAGCAAAGACAUCUGAAAGCUGCUGUAAAAGUUUAUUUUAACAAGACCCUCAUGUAAUAAAGUAUUCUUUACUGUCAUGACUGUGAAAAUUGUUUUGCUUGGAAAAAAAUUACUGGGAGCUUUUAAUACAGUGUCUAGAUCUUUUGAUUCUUGCCUUGGU